AUCAAGCACCUAGGCAUGCAGACUUCUUCUACAACCAUUGUGAAAGAAUGGGUCGCUCUCAGGAGCUCAGUGGAUUCAAGCAUGGUACUGUGAUAGGUUGCCAGCUGUGCAAUAAAUCCAUCUGUGAAAUUUCCUUGCUACUAAAUAUUCCACGGUCAACUGUUAGUGGUAUUAUAACAAAAUGGAAGCAACUGAGAACAACAGCAACUUAGCCACGAAGUGGUAGACAAAAUGACAGAGCGGGGUCAGCACAUGUCGAAGUGCACAGUGUGCAGAAGUCGCCAAGUAUCUGCAGAAUCAAUAGAUAAAGACCUCCAAACUUCAUGUGCCCUUCAGAUUAACACAACAACAGUCUGUAGAGAGCUUCAUGGAAUCCGUUUCUAUGGUCAAGCAGCUGCAUCCAAGCCUUACAUCGCCAAGUGCAAUGCAAAGCGUCAGAUGCAAUGGUGUAAAGCACGCCGCCACUGGACUCUAGAGCAGUACUUGCCUGCCUACAUUGUGCCAAGUGUAAAGUUU